UAUAUAUAUCGUCAAUAUUAAGAUUAUCUAAUAGAAAAUUACUAUUACGCGUAUCAAGUGCAUGAUGUAAACCAGACCAUUGAGGGAAGGAAGGUCCCACUCGGAUAUUCUUCUGUGGUUUUCUUGUUCGUGUUCUUUCGGUCGUUUGUUUUACGAUGGCGGACACGAAAGUUAAGACUCCGGAGAAGAAGGCCGCUGCGGCGCCUACAGCUGCUGCAGCUGAAGCAAAGAAAAAGAGAUCAUCCUCAAAACCAAGAAACUAUGAUUUGGGAAACGGCGUGUAUAGAUUCAGUCGCACGCGUAUGUACCACAAAAAGGCGAUCUACAAAUUUCUUGAUAAGAAGACUCCAAAGAAAGUCAAGCCAAAGAAACCACUGACCAUUGAGAAGCAGAUUGGUGGUGAUAAAAACGGUGAGAAACGUAUCGUGCUUUUAAAGAAGAGGCGCGCGAAUUAUCCCACUGCAGACCCAGUCACUGUACACCAUGCUAAAAAAUGCUUCCAUGAGCACCGUCGUUACUUGAGACCUUCAUUGACGCCGGGAACUAUCUGCAUCAUGUUGGCUGGCCCUCACAAGGGCAAGAGGGUUGUUUUCCUCAAGCAGCUGAAAAGUGGAUUGCUCUUGGUUACUGGACCGUUCUUAAUCAAUGGCUGUCCCUUGCGAAGAGUCAGUCAAAAUUAUGUGAUCGCCACGUCCACGAAGCUGGAUCUCUCGCAUUUCGAAUUGCCGCAGCAUAUUCGAGACGAGUACUUCAAGAGGAAGCGUGAAAAGCGUGCCAAGAAGGAAGAGGGAGAUCUUUUCAGCAAGAAAAAGGAGGAGUACACGCCGAGCGAUGCGAGAAAAAGUGACCAAAAGCUCGUGGAUAAAGUAGUUAUUGAUGCUAUCAAGAAGCUUCAAGAUAAAAAGAUGUUGUUCACGUAUCUUUCGGCGAUGUUCGGGCUGCGAAGCAGUCAAUACCCACACAGAUUAAAAUUUUAAUCUAUCAA